AUGCCUACCUUCCGGAGGGUAAUAUUCGCUGUCAUCUGCCUUGUCGCCAUUGUCGUCUUCCUCCGUCAUUCGAGCCGACCCGCCGACGUCCCCGGCGCGCCGGGUUACCGACCUGUUCAGGAGAUUUUUGCGGAGGAACAGGAAUCAUACGCGAAUCCUGAUCUCAAGAAGUCGAGCAGUCGUGGCCAGUUACCGAUCGGCGCGACGGCUACCGCACCGCUACGCGAACGUCUACGAUACCAAUUCCCCUACGAUAUCAGCAAAAGCUUCCCCGCAUACAUUUGGCAAACAUGGAAAUACGAUCCUUCGUCGCCGCAUUUCGGCGAUGAAUUCCGUGGCACUGAGGCUAGUUGGACCAAUUUGCACCCUGGAUUCCAGCACGAGGUCGUCACCGAUGACACGCAGCGACAUCUGAUCUCAUACCUCUACGCAUCCGUCCCGGAUGUCUUUGAGGCAUACGACUCUCUACCCCUACCCGUGAUGAAGGCGGAUUUCUUCCGAUAUCUGGUUCUCCUCGCGCGCGGCGGAAUUUACAGCGACAUCGACACAUUGGCGUUGAAGCCAGCAGGAUACUGGCUCCCCGAGGAACUUGAUCGGUCAACUGUAGGAUUCAUUGUUGGUAUUGAAGCGGAUCCCGACCGUCCAGACUGGCACGUAUGGUAUUCCCGUCGCAUUCAGUUCUGCCAAUGGACCAUUGUGUCGAAACCUGGUCAUCCCAUUUUGCGCGACAUGGUUGCGUACGUUACCGAGGAAACUCUACGGAUGAAGAGGGCUGGGAUUCUUAAGGUGGGCAGCAUGGAUAAGACCGUUAUGGAGUUCACGGGCCCUGGAGCUUGGACUGAUGCUGUCUUCCGCUACUUCAACAACCCUCAGUACUUCAAUAUCCAGCCCGGGGACAAGAACGUCACAUAUGAAGAUUUUACCGAACAAACGGAGGAGAAGAAGGUCGGCGAUGUGAUUAUCUUGCCAAUCACGAGCUUCAGUCCUGGUGUGGGACAGAUGGGAGCACACGAUACCGAUGAUCCCAUGGCUUUUGUGAAGCACAACUUUGACGGUAUGUCCGACAUCCAAUCGAAUGGCCUUCUUUGUCACCGUGACCAGAUACUGACUUUUUACUUUUCAGGCUCGUGGAAAACCGAUCCAUCUCUAUGA